UGCAACAUCAAAGGAGUCUUCCAAAUUGGGAUCAGGUACUACCGGUAGCGGUACAGUACAGCACGACACAGGGCGGUUCUGCCCUCUAUCGGUGCGAGUCCUAACAAGCGAGUGGCUAAACAAAGGGAUUCUUGCUCAAUGAAUGGUAAGCACGGUAAUAGCAACACACCGUAAGCGUUCUGAGGUCCGGCCUUCUCCCCUUCACGAGCAGCAAUCUCCCUGUGUUUGAAGCUACUAGAGGAAAUUUUUGCCCCGUUUCAUCCGUAAUGUCCGGUCUGUACCGAUGGCAGUUAUGUGAGUGUUUACAAUCAUGUCAUCAUCCUGCACCAGCCUCCGAAGUGGUGCGGGAGGGGACUUCCACUCACAAAGCUUUCUCUCUCGGGUUGAAAUCUCAGCUUCUACAAAUAGUAUGAUAGCGCCUCAUCCUUUUGAAAAUUCGGGGUUGGACAAUAGGGUAGUCAUGAGUGCCUGAAGACCCAAGGAAGGGUUUGGAGGAUAAGUCCCGAUCAGAGAGGGCAAGCCCGCGGAAUCUUAUUGCACCACAAAGUGCUCGUACAGUACCAGUGAGUGAGGGGUGUAAGACUGGAAGAAUCGGAACGGGGGGGGGAAAAAAAAAGUAGAAAAUUACAGGGUAUGAUAUCGUAAAAUAUUUCCCUGAUUUCUAAAAAAAUGGCCAAUAAGAAAAACCCGCAAUUUUUUCCCUCUUUCUGUGCAGGUACUGUACUCGUACUGUGCGAGUACAGUACCGGUACAGUGCUCCCGGGGCAGGGUGGAAGUCGUGCUCUGUGGCGAUCUUUGUCAUCUGGCAGCCAACCAACGAGCAAAGACGGUCUAUUGAGUAUCCCUUUUUACGUGAUUGGCCCGGCGGCCAAUCUCUGUUCCUGGGUGUGCUCGGCCGUUCGAGCAUUUUAGAGUACCGGUACCGGUAUCUGGAUGCUCAGCUACCUGGAUGGCUGUACGAGCAUUGAAUCCAUGAUGGUGCGUCUGGUGCAAUUGGGCGUUCAUCAGCGGCGGACAAGGCAAGAAUCGCCCUUGAGAGCUUGGCCGUGCCUGGCCAAGCCCAUCCCCGGCCAACAGGAGCUCAGGACAGUGUGAUACUUGUACUGUAGAGGAGGGGCCAUCCAUCUCUUCCACCUCUACAAAUAGGAUACCGGUAGCUGCCACAGCCAAGCAAUCGACUCCCUUCCCACCCAAAACCUUUUUUUAACGAACACACUUUUGCUUGCUUUGAUCCGAGUGGUUCCAGCCUCCAAGACACGGCCGUUGCUUGGAAGACCGGAUACAAAUGACGAAAUGCUCUUGCUCUCCUCCUGCGGUACGAGUGCCAGAGCCACAGGGAUGUUUUCCUUGUUUUUUUUUUUUUCCUUUCCUCCCCUUCCUCGGCUUCGAUUCAUCGCCCGGUUGCACCCAGACCAUAGCACGGGCUGUGCUUACAGUUCGCUUGAACUCGCUUCAACACUUCUCUAGGAAACAAUAGUCUACCAGCUGCGGGUAACCGAAUCUAAGGAUUCUAAGAGUUCUGAAAUAUUUGAUGCCACAAGGCAGCAUUUCAGCUCGGUAGCGUAACAGAGACCCUAUCCAUCUUGCCCGUUCUGACUGUGUAAUUCCCUCGCUUCUCUCAUCAUCCUCCUCUCCGCCAUGUAUCUUUUUUCCUUUUUUUCCCUUCCAAUGAUUCCUUUUUCCUUCCCUAUAAUAGCACAAGCACGGUACCCCACAACUCUGUGGGGUUUCCGCCAGUUCACGAUGUUGGAGUGCACAUAUGGCGAUGAUGUGCUGCUUUUCUUCCUUUUUGCGCCCUUUUUGGCGAGUCCCCCCAGCCGUGUCUGGCAUGACGGGGAACAGGUUGGUAGGGAAUGGGGACACCUCAAUGGCCAUGUCGCAGACACGCGUGUGUUGUAUUCGACAUGAGCACGUCGCGAACCCAGCACGAUGGGCGACAUUUUGUGCUCGUAACUGCUCGGUGCCUGGCGGUGGCGUUCAAUUGAGGCUGCAUGCAACUGCUCGCCCGAGGGAUCCAACGGAAGGAUGAAAAGUAAACAUUUCGAUGCUGAGUUGUACUUUGUAAUUCCUUUUUCCGGGAAUCCCAGCCCAUCCAUCAUUCAUCCAUUCGCCCAUCGGUUGGAGGUGAAAUGGGCAGCCAUCUUAUCGCUGAGGGGUCAGCCCCAGUGGGCACAUUGCGAUAAAGCCUGUCCCGGAGGGACCUCACUACCGCAUUCGGAGGGGAGGAGGGAGGGAGGGAGGCUGGGGAGUGUGUUAUCGGUAUCUGGGGAUACUCGAGUACCGGUACUGGUCUGUGUGUGUACGAGUACUGUACGAGUACAAGUACGUGGGGUGUCGACUUCCUAUGUCCCGGAUGGGGUCGUUGCGUAUCGUAGCGAAGGUAUCAUGUCAUAUCAUACCAGAACUCUACGCCUGGAGAUAUGGUGGGCAGGGUUUUCGGGUCCCGGGGCGCCUCCGUCAAGCUGCUAUGAUACGCCAUGCCAUGGUGAGUGCUACGGUGAAUCAAGCAUCGGAGGGUAGUCCUACAGUACUCGAGUACCGGUACCGUGCGGUACUGUCACUCGUGAACACUACCUGUACCGGUAAACGAAACGAGGCUUAAACUUUAUAAAGCUUUUUCUCCUAUAGGUGCUGGAUCGCGCUCAGUGCUGGUACCACCGGUACUCGUGCCUAGAGUAGUCUAUUAGAGCCACGGGGUACAGCUACCGCUAUCAGAAGGCUGCUUAUUGGAAGGCCUUGGCACCACCGAGACUGAGAGUGGUGAGCUGAGUGGCACCGUGGUACAGUACCGUAACCGGGCAGUUGCAUUGUGAGGAGGAAAAGGAAAGAAAAAAAAAAAAACAAGAGGAAGAGAAAGAGCCUGGCGAUUCGGGUGCACGAGUUUCCGUCUCUCCGCAUACAAUCCAUGUAAAUUCGUGGCUACACUCAUCCUGGCUGUCAUCCACCGGCGAUGCCUCUCUACCUCUCACCUGAAUACGGUACAUACUUACAUACGAGUUACAAUUUGGAGCUUGGAGUGAUACCCUCGUGAUCGCGAUUCAGAUUUUGAAGACUGGGAGAGGAAAGUUACAGAGGAAAGGAAGAGGAAAAGGAAAAAAGAAAGAAAGAAAGAAGAAAAAACGGCCACGUCCUCAUCUAGCCCAUCUCUCGCGCUCACUGUACGGUACCUGCCAUCUUUCCCUCGCUCAGCUCCGCUGCUCGGUAUGCCAGUUAUUCGGAACCCCUUUCGCAGAAACGCGACGGCUCCGGCCAAUAGUCUGUUUGGCUCUUUCUCCGAGCAGCAGUCUACCGCCCACCCGGCCACCGGGAAGCUCCCUCUCUCCGAAGCCGACUUGAGCACCGAUGAGGUGGGAAGGGCUCACGGUGCGAGAGCAAAGUCCGUCAGUUCCCUCAGCAUUGGGAGAGGGAGCCAGGACGAAGAGAACGCCUACAAGUUGAGCGGUGCGUUAUCUCCCUCCCCCUCGGCACUGUGUGCUUUAUGCACGGGCGUAUACCGCGCAAACCUAUUAUAUCUCAUUAUUUUCGCUUCUUUAUUCCUUUUCUCCCAGCCUCCGAUUCCUUUUGUGUCGGUUGUGCCUGCAGCUUGCAGUAGACAGUAGGGUACAUGUUGUGGGGUGCGGGAUUGUACUUCUGAGCCCACAAGUCAAAGGGGUCGGACAGACAGUUGGCUGAUUUGUUUUUGUUGGUGAUAAUAGUUGUCAAUGAUAGUGGGGUCUAUUUGCCUGUAGGGACAAUCCCCCCCCCUCUUUCCAAUUCCCCCACAUUCCGUGCGUAUCAUAGUGGGGUCGCUCUUGUGGUCGCGCAUUGAAUACCGGAGAACUAAUUUACCCUUUUUUUGUAGCCCUCACCUCCGGACAAGAAGGGUUUCUGGAGGAAAAAUGAUCACUCCCCUCAAAUAAAGGCUCCCGAUGUCGAGGAACCGUUUGUUAUAUCGAGAGAGUCAUUUGAAAGUUACAGAAGAUCAUUUGUUGGUUGCCCCCCCAUCUCAACACAACCGUUUUGCGCUUCCCCACAGUUUCGCUCAUGAUUUCCUUUCCCACGGUGACAGCUGCGCGGUGUCGCAUCGAGGGAAUCCUUUUUUUUAUUUAUUACUGAUAGGAGAUCUUUGUCUAGGACAUCUCUGCAAGAUCUCCCGUGUUAGAUCCACCCCCAGGCCGUGUCAGCUUCGACUCGCGCCCUCUUGCCCCGCGCACAAGUCUCGAUGUCCGCUCUCCAAGAUUGCCAAUCGUUGCCAAGAACGUUGAGCCCGUCGAGGAGGACAAGUUCGAAGAUAUCAAGCUCAACGAUGAUGCACGACCCAAGAAAAGGAGUAUAUUCUCUAGAUUUGGCGCCGAUCACUCAUCACCUGAUGCGGUGCCAGCCUCCACGUCUCAUGGGGUUAGGAACGGCUUGUUUGGAAAGAAGGAAGUUCCUCAGGAAACCGUCAUUGAGAGCGAGCUCAAGAAGAUCGAUGUCAGAAAGGAUGACAAGUGACGGAAAUUGCUAUGGAGUUCGGCGGUAUUGUGGCAGGUGGACGGUGUUCUAGGUUUUGGCUGGGGAUUGUUUUGCGGCUGAUGACAUUACGCACCAUGGGGAACGCAGGCUCAUUGCUGGGAUUUAAUGUUUUGGAUGAUUGUAGGGAUAUUGGUGUCUCCUUGUCCGUAUUGAUACCUUUUUGUUCCUCUGUCCUCUGUGGCAGGCCUAAAUCUCUUGUAUUUUUUUUUUCUUAUAUGCACCUUCUGAAUUGGCUUUGGAAAGGAGUCCAUAGACUUUGUGUAUGCUGGGGACGAAAGGACAGGGUCAAUGUUUAAUGAAAUUUAUCGAUGAUAGCAGGGGCUCUCGCACACCAUGCUAUCUGAAGCGGGAACACCGGCUAAUGCCAGUGUUCCGAUAUUUGCCUUU